CGAGAGGAGGGGAGAACCGCAGCAGCGCUUAGCGAAGGCGAGUAGCACAGCAACAGAAGCCAACUAGCGCAGAAAAGAGUCGGCGAAGGGUUGACUGAAUGAAAAAUCAACUGGCUAGCUACAUCGAGUGUAGUUUUAGGAAAGUGCCACCCUUCCCCUAAAUAUUUAUUAUAUUUUAUAAGCAACAAACAUUACUGUCUGAUAAUAGUUCAUAUUCGUGUUUACUGUAUAGCCACGAGAGGUUAGUACAAUCCUAAAAGAGCGAGGAUGUUGGUCCCCGCGGGAAGAUAAUGAAGCGGUUGCGCGUUUUGUUGGCGUGCCUCAUCCUGUGGUGGUACCCCAGUCGUAAUGUGUGUUGUUCAGAGCACAGCUCGUCAGCUCCAGGUGUGUCUAGUGGCGAAAGCAGCCUCCCAGAGCAUCAUCAUGAGCAGUACCACAGGACUGACCACAAGGAGGAGGAGUCGUCGAGGACACACACACACACCUACGACGUGGAACUGGAGACAAAGAGGGCUACACUAGAGGAGCCCAACACACACAACACUGAACAGACUGUGAAUCAGGAGGAGCCUGUAGUGGUAGAGAUCUGGUCAGCCCCAGAACCACACGCUGAUCCUGAACCCCCCGCUGCUGCUGCUGAGCCUCACUCACACAACACACACAUCCACACAGACCCAGAGCCCGAUACACAACCCACUCCCCUCCAGAACCAGGCACCUGCACCCUCAUCCCCCUCCACCCCACCGCUCAGCGACGACCCAACCCAGGGACAGGCCUCCACAGACCACACAGGCCCAGUCGAGACCCCCAGAGAUGCACCGGCAGACCCCAGCCCAGCCCCCUCUACAGAAGACCCCCAACACACACCUACCUCUUACAUCCCUGCUCCAGCCCCAUCCAGUUCAAUAGUUGCCAGAUCUGAUCCCGCGGUAGAGGAUUCCCCUGUAGAAGUUGCCCGUGCUGAAGCCGAUCCCUCUUUAGAGGUUGCCAGUGCUGGAUCUAAUUCCUCUCUAGAGGGCAAUGUUUUUGCUGAUUUCUCUGGCUCUCAGUGUGGGAUGAUUCCCCACAACCUGGCAACCCAAACCCCUCCUUUUGGCAGCCCGCCCACGAGUGGUGAUGAUGACUCUGUAGAGAGCCAGUCAGAACAGGGUCAAAGUCAGGUUGCUCCAGGUUCUGAUGCUGAUGUCCAGACGUCUCUCAGCCCAGAAGACCCAGACCAGGGCCUACCAGAGCUGAACCAGGGGGGAAACACAUCCCACAGGCACCAAGACACACACCAAGACCAGCAGGCAGUGGAUGAGGCAGUGGAUGCCAGUGGUAAGGAGACGGACCCCUCAGUGCCCAGUAAGGAGGACAUCCCAACCUUCGACGAGUGGAAGAAACAAGUCAUGGAGGUGGAGAAGGAGAAGACUCUGUCCCUCCAUACCUCCUCCAGUGGCAUCCCCCCUGUGAAGAAGGUGCAGAAGAACUUCAAAAACAACUAUGCUUCUGUGGAGUGUGGAGCUAAGWUGCUGUCAGCUAAUACAGAGGCUAAGAGUACCUCAGCUAUCCUCAUGGAGAAUAUGGACCUGUACAUGCUGAACCCCUGCAGCAACAAGAUUUGGUUUGUAAUAGAGCUGUGUGAGCCCAUCCAGGUGAAACAGUUGGACAUCGCUAACUUUGAACUCUUCUCCUCCACGCCGAAAGACUUCCUGGUCUCCAUCAGUGACAGGUAUCCCACCAACAAGUGGGUGAAGUUGGGAACGUUCCACGCCCGUGAUGAGCGUACAGUCCAGAGCUUCCCAUUGGACGAACAGCUCUAUGCCAAAUAUGUCAAGAUGUUCAUCAAGUACAUAAAGGUGGAGCUCAUCUCCCACUUCGGAUCAGAACACUUCUGCCCCCUCAGCCUCAUCAGGGUGUUUGGUACCAGUAUGGUGGAGGAAUACGAAGAGAUCGCAGAUUCCCAGUACCCCUCAGAGAGGCUGGAAUACCUUGAUGAGGAUUAUGACUACCCACCUGGCUACCUCCACUCUGAGGAUAAGGGUUCUAAAAAUCUGCUGGGCUCUGCCACAAAUGCCAUUCUCAACAUGGUCAACAACAUAGCAGCCAACGUUCUGGGAGGCAAGCCUGAGGAUGGAGGAGCACAGCUGGAACCCAACGCAUCAUCAGAAGCCCAGAACCAAACCGAGGGGAAUAAGGAGGUGCUACUCACACCAACCCCUACCAUCACCACACCUCCUCCAGCAGUGGAGCCAGACCACAGCGCUCCUCAGGAGGACCCUGAUCUCGCCCUCUCCUCCCCAGACUCCCCCCUUUCUUCCCCCUCCCCGGAGGAUGGACAGAUCGUGACUCUGGUGGUGGAGGAAGAGGAGCCCCCACAGUCCACUGUGACUCUGAUGGAGGAAGAGGGGGAUGAUGAUGAUGAGGAGAGAGAGGAACAGUGGAUGAGGGAGAGCCAGCUGUACUGUCCUCUCUCCUCCGUGUCUUCCCUCUCUUCUAUCUCCUGUGUGGCCACGCUGCCGGAGCUGCUACGGCGCUGGUGUGACGCUUGCCUCGCCAGAGAGAGACAGCGCGGUCUCCGCAAGAGGCAGCAAGACACGUACACACGCACCCCCAUAGACACUCCCUUACCCACACACACCGCCAUUCAGGACCCUGUCCCCGCCGCCACACACACCCAGGAAGCCCCAACACACACAGAGCCGGUCCCUGAUCCUGAGACGGCCCCCCGGGCCCAAAACGAGGUUUUAUCUCCUACAGACUCACACAAUCACACAGACACACACCCCGUGGACCACAUCAUUGUUCUGGAGCCUAGCCGGACCUCUACCCUGCCCCCCCACAGUUUCUCUCACACCUCCCUCUCCAAACCCACCCCUACCCAGGACGAAGCUCCCCAGCACCCCAGCCAAGAAGACCCUGUCCCCCCUCCAGCCCUGCAGGGAGCCCCUCUCCCAGAGGGCCCAGCAGGCCAGCACCAACCCUUCCCCUCCCAUUACCCCCUCCACCCCCCAACUUCUGAGACAGCUUCUCUGGACCUCCCUCCACUCUCCCUGAAGGAGCAGCCAGUCCAGCCCCUCCCCACUGCCUCCAGACCUGCAGACAUCCCCCCUCCCACUGAACUCCCUGUGCCCCUCCAGCCCGACACACACGCAGAGCCACACACACCCAGGGCUGGGGUAGAAAGUGGAGACCUCAAGGGCCAAGGGGAGCAGGGCGACUCCCCCCCUCCCCAGCCACCAGAGCACCCACUUAGGGAAGAGUCCAUGGAGGACCUGCUACUUAGCGUCCCGGUUACUGCUAAUGGACAUUUACACCGGACAGCUACGGACUUCUACGCUGAGCUGCAGAGCACAGGGGAGUAUAUUGGAGGGAAUGGAGGCAUGAACGGAGGAGUGAACGUGCACGGCUCCAGUCAAAAGGAGAGUGUGUUCAUGAGGUUGAACAACAGGAUCAAAGCCCUGGAGAUGAACAUGUCCCUCAGUAGCAGAUAUCUGGAGGAACUCAGCCAGAGGUAUCGUAAGCAGAUGGAGGAGAUGCAGAGGGCCUUCAACAAGACCAUCAUCAAGCUACAGAACACCUCCCGCAUCGCUGGAGAACAGGUCCAUUACAAACGGUUGCUUCUUGGUUUGGGUUGCAGGACGGUUAUUGUGGGAUGGUCAGUGUAUCCCAACUCCGGUCCUCCAACCGCAGUCAACCACUACCCCAGCCCCAAGAGGUGUUUCUCCUCCUAUGAGGAUAUGAGUCUGAAGCGGAGGGUAUCGUGUCCUCUCGUACGCUCCAAGUCCUUCACCUUUCCUACUUCAGAAGUAGGCCCCGACGACCUAUACAUUGUUGAACCUUUAAGGUUCUCACCAGAGAAAAAGAAGAAACGAUGUAAACUGAAGGCAGCAUUAUCAGCUCCCUCUUCCCCAGUGGCUGACGGGGCACUCGAAUGCAACGGCCUCCCCCACUCCGUGACUCCCCCUCCCCCACUACCUCCUCCAAUUUUAGAAGACAUCUCCUGUAAGGAGCUCCACUUCCCCUCAGAGAGCAGCAGCGGUAGCUCCUCCACCCACUCUGAGGAGUCCUACAUCAGUCGUGGCCCGCCCCUCUCCUCCCCCCCGUGCAUGUUUAACGGCCAUGCUGCCCUCCCCGUCCCGCUCUUCCUCCCCUCCCUCCCUCCCUCUAAGAAGAGGUCAGCGAAGCGUCAGAGGUCUCGUCAAGUGGAGCUGCAGUUAUCCUCCAGACAGACAGGGGGGGCUAUGCACUCUCUGCCCAGCCUGCAGCAGCUGAUCAAGGGAAACAAGGAGAUCAGCGUGGGGACUAUAGGCCCCACGGCCGUCACAGGACAUGUCUAAUCACAAACGCACACUUCAGACUGACUCAUAGACACACACACACGCACCCUGGUAGCAGACUUGGUUAGGGAGGUGUGAAGGGGUGUGGUCUCGCCCCAAAAUGGCCACAUCUCUGAACCACUUCUCCCAUGAGCACCCUGGCCCACAGUGGAACUCGGAAACCAUGACAUUAGUUGCCCAUCAACAGCCACCCUCCCCACAAAUCAGAGACCAUUUAACGGUCAUGUGCCUUUACUGUCCAUUCGAAAGCUUUCACCAAUGGAAAAAAUAAUACAUUCAAAGUAUUGUUCUUUUUCUUUUCGGAGAGAAAAACUGUAAUGCUUUGGAGUGUUAUAGGAAAACAGACAUUCAAACAUGGGUUACCUGUUCCUACUGGACAAGCACAUUGCUCCAUAAGACCUAGGCGUCAGGGGCUUGUACUAGAGCCCUGUGCCCAGAGAGGAGAAGGGCUGGCUGGGUAGAGCUUCUACCGGAGCCCCCUGCCUCUCCUGGGGCCUGUGAAAGUAGAGUAUGAAGCUGUAAGUAUGAAAUGUGUCGCAAUGAGAGAACUGUGCAGCAGGACUAGUUACUUCUCUAACCCAUCCCCCCCUCCUUUCUCCUGUCCUCCAUUUCCACAUUCUGUUCAUUCUCUGUGUAUUGUUCAGAGCUAGCUAACACUACUGCAGUUGUUGUUCAUAUGGGACUGGGGUGUUAACCUUUCACACAACACAGGCCCUCUGUCUCGCCCUCUCAGGCAGUCUAACCUAACACAACCAGCAGAGCUGAAUGAAGAUGCACUGUGUGUGUGUGUGUGUGUGUGUGUUCAUGUCUCUGUGUCUCUAGCGGCUAGCCAUGUUUAUCCAGCUGUGAUACUAAGGGAGAAGCUCUAACUAUUGAACUAGUUUACAUAGCAGCUUGUCUCUCCAGUAAGACCUCUGAAAGUUGUAUGGGCUGGGCCCAAAAUACACACGCACACACACACACUAACAAACACACAGCCAGCUAAGAGAAAAGGGAUUUUGUACUGUUAAAAUAUGGAAAAUUAGGAUGAAGUAUAUUCAAGAGUCAGUAAUUUGGGUAGAUUUUUGGGCACAUUUUCAACACAUCUCUGCAUACAUUUUAAAGAUCACAUAUAACUGGUAUACUUGGGCUAUUGUAUUCUACAGACCCCCUCAAACAUUUUAAGCCAUCCAUUGGGCUUUAUGUACCUAUUAUUUAUGGAGAUAUGGCCAUGUAACUCCUGUCCAAUAUGGCUCCAUGGGGCUGGUUGGUGGCCAUUUUGGAAAUGCUGCCAGGGUGGUAAUACAAAACAUCUGUGAUGGCAUUAUAGCUAAAAAAAACAACAACACUUCUUUGGACUUGUUCUAGCUGUGUGUGAAAUGUGGUGCUUUUAUCACAAAAUCAACAAUUCCCCUCAAAUUUGAGGCUUAGCUGCUGGACUUUUUAUAGGCUGGUUGUUUUUGCACAUUGUGGCAGGUAGUCUCAGAACCCAGUCAGUUAGUUGGGUUGUGUUUUUAUAUUGAGCUGUAUAUGAGCCAUGCUGAGAACUGAGUGUUGUGUGAUAUUCUAGUUGUUGUUGGGAACAGUUCAGUCUGAAGAAGUCACAGCCCUCACUCUGUGGGUAGAAGUUGCCUUUAGUUACUGAUCUAAGAUCAGCUUCCCUUCCCCCAAUUCCUCAUGUUCACCAUUUGAAUCAACAAUGCAAUACUGAUCUUAGAACAGUGUCUAGGGGUAACUUCACUUUGAGAGCAGAUCCCCUGAGGUCCUAUUGAGGACUCUGUGAGGCCAGUUUUAUUUAUCUAUUUAUGUCCUGGCCUCACAGCAACCCCCACAUACUGUAGCCCAGGGGCACACACACGGUACAGACAAUAAUAAUGGUUGCAAUUAAAACGCAUAUACACACACACAAAGGUACAUGUACAUCAGAGGAGGCUGGUGGGAGGAGCUAUAGGAAGACUGGCUCGU